AUGGAAAAACUGGAUAUUCCCACUGUGAAUCAUCAUAUUGGCUCAACUGAAAGAGUUUUUGUUGCUCAUGUUAAUGAUUUAAAUGAUUUUUAUCUACAUUCUGAAUUACAUCGUGAUUCACUUCUUAAACUUGGUCAAGAUCUUUAUGAUGAAUAUUCCGAGUCACUAACGAAACAGCCUUUAGGAAUCAAUGAAACAUUUAGUAUAGGUGAUUAUUGUGUGUGUCCAUCACAUAGUCAAGAUUGGUAUCGUGGACUGAUACGUCACAUAGAUUCAAAUGGUACUGCAGCGGUGUUUAAAAUAGAUUAUGGCGAUGUACAAUAUACACCUACACAAUUUCUUCAACCAUUACACAAAAAUUUUACAGUACAACCUGGUUUAGCGUUUCAUUGUUCGUUAGCAAAUUUAAUUAAGCCGUUAGAUGGUUGGCCAUUAGAUGCCAUUGAAGAAUUUUGUUCAAGAUUAUCAACAACAUUUCUUUAUGCAAAAUUCAUGAACUAUAAUGAAGUAAGAGAUAUGCUAGAAGUUGAAAUAACAGAAAAAACAUCGAAAACAUCAUUAAAUACUGAUUUCCAGCAUCAUCAAAUACAACGAUUAAUAUUACCGACAAAUGAUAAAUUUCUCUAUAAAUGCAUUCCAUUUGAAAAAUUAGAUUGUAAUCAACCAAAUCAAAUUCGUUUGCUCUAUUACAUCAAUCCUAGUCAUUUCUAUGUUUAUCUUCGAGAUAAUAUGAAUUCAUAUAAAGCUUUACAAAAAGACUUACAACAAGCUGUGCAAAAUAGUCGACCAAUAUCAUCGCCAACUAAAUAUCAACCAGUUGCUGCACAAGACAAUCAUACUAUAUGGCACCGUGCUGUUAUAAUGGAUUUAAAUUCGAACUUGAUGAAAAUUGCUGUUUACUAUAUUGAUCUUGGUCAAAGACAGUAUACUUCAAUAAAUAGUAUUCGUUUGCUACCCGAAGAAUUUCAAUUUAAACCAGCUUUGGCUAUUCCAUGUCGUCUGUAUAAGGUAUAUUCUAGUAAUAGCAAUGAUCAAUCACAAUGGCAAUCAGACGAUCGCGUACAUGGUGAAUUUAAUGGACGCAUGGUUAAUAAUGUUACUUGUACUGUCAUUGGAAACCAGGAUCAAGUUAUUUAUGAUGUUGAAAUUGAUAUUCCAAAACUAGGGGAUCUUGGAAAAUUCUUAUCAGAUAACAAUCUGGUUUCUCGUCAACAGAUGCAUAACAAUCCACGUGCGAACUUCAGUUCGGGCCAACCGAUGCAACAUUCAUUUGUACGAGCACAACUUGGUUCAUCAGGAUUGACUCCUUUUAGACCACAGGCACCGAGAGCUACACAACCAAAUGAAUAUUACAAUAAUCCAAAUAAUUCGGCUCAACAACCACAGACGCGUAUGUUAAAUACUGGAUCGUCAAGUACUACUGUUCAACAUUCGCCUAGUACAGUAUCUAUCGCCGCUCCAACAGCACCAUUUCCUCCAAUACCACCUCCGGAUGGAAGUUAUACAAUCACACAAGUUCAUAGUGCUGCCGAAUUUUAUGGCGUUUCUCAAAUGCGUGAACAUGAUUUAGAAGGUCUUAAUAAGCAUUUAGAAGAAUUUUAUAAUAAUUCUGUUAAUGACCAAUCAUUUACUGUAUAUGUCCCAAAGGAAAAUUCGUAUUAUGUUGUACAACAAGGUGAUAAAUAUUAUCGUGUUUUAACAAAACAUCAUGAAAGUGAUACACGAAUAUUAGUUACACUUAUUGAUCGUGGUGAUGAAAUUAUUGUUGAUACGACAGAACUAUUACAAAUCAAUCCUACGUUUGUUGCAACGCCACCUUUUGCUCAACGAUUUCGUUUACGUGGCUAUGAUGAAUCGCAAAAUUCAUCUCUUAUGACUCGUAAUUUGAAGAGAUUAAUACUUAAUCAACGUGUUCGGAUAAUUGUAAAGGGCUCAAUAAUUAAUGGAACUUAUCCUGUAGAUGUUGUAUUAGCUGACAACCAAUGGGUUAAUAGGUUACUUUUUCCAAACGAUACAACUUUAUUAAGUCCACCAUUACUUCCGAAUGAUCGACCUGGUUUUAAUAAACCACAGCAUGCAGUUAUCGAAUCACAAGUAUUCAGUAAUUCAUUGAGACAUCAUCCGAAAAAUAACCAAGAUUCAACGGAACGGGCGCCUUUUAGUCAGAGAUCUAAUGGAAAUUUACCAACAUCAUCCAACAUGAUGUCAGGAGCUCCACGCUCACAACCUGGUCGAUUUUCAUCAACGACAGAUUCAACCGCGUCUGUUUUAUCUUCAACAAAAGCACAAAUACCACGUUUUUCAAAUGCACACAAUCGUAAUAUUCAACAGUAUUCGCAAACAGCUGAUUCAACUGCAUCGAAUUCAAUGUGGAAUAAAGAACAAAAUAAUAAGACAAAUUUUGGCACUAGCGAUGCACUGCCGAAUCAGCAAUCAUACGGGCGACAACAAUCAGACUCAUUUCAUCAUGUUAAUGUUCAAAGACCGACUGAUGAUAAAGUGUCAAUACCAAGUAAUCAAAAUCGUUUAUCGUCAAUGCCACAUGAUAAUCAACAGCCAGCUUCAUCUGAGCAACGGCGAACAUUUGGAGGGAAUUUUUCUCAUGAUAAUCGUCAUGAAAAACCAAUGGAUGGAAAUCAUUUUCAAAGACAUGAUGAUCGAACAAACGAAAAUAAUUUUCGACAAGAUGCCGGUUUCAGUAAUCGUGGUUCUGGUUUUGUUGAUCGAAGAGGUCGAGGUAAUUUUAAUGAUCGUCAAGUGAGCCGAACGAAUGACAACAACAAUGAUCAUAAUUCACAAUCGUCAGGAUCAUUUCCUAGGCGUGGUCGAGGUUCUGCUGAUGGGCGUGGUCGCGGUGGAAAUUUUUCUGAUCGGAAUAGUUAUAAUCGAAAUCAAGAUGAUGAUCGUAAUGACAAUAAUAUGCAUCAAUCACAAAAUUUUAGUAAUAGUCGUGGCGGAUUUCAAAAUCGUCGAGAUCAAGAAGGCAAUAGAGAUCGUGGAGAUUUUGGCCGACGAGGUGAUCGUGGUAGUUAUCGUGGAGAUGGAUUUAGCAAUAGCCGUGGUGGACGUGGUAAUUUACGAGAUCGUGAUAAUAUUGGAUUACGAUUAAGUUCUGAUUCGAGUAAUUCAGCAAAACCAUUUGGUGGCAUGGGCAUUACACAACCUGUGCUAAAUAAUUUUGAAGCCGGUGAUAAAUUUAUUGAGCAUGAUUUGCCCAAAGAGGUGUUUACAUUUGUCAUUAGUCAUAUUGAAACGGCAAAUGAUUUUUUUAUUCAACUAUUAAAUAAAGGUGAUGAAAUAUUAAAAUUAAGUGAAACAUUACAAAAUGAAUAUGGUGCAGCACCAGAAGCAACUUUAAGUUCAUUUAAAAUUGGUCAAGCAUGUUUAGCUAAAAGUACUGAUGGUUGUUGGUAUCGAGCUACUGUUCUUGUACCUGGUUCAAAUGCAUUAAAAAUUCGUUUUGUCGAUUUUGGUGAUACAGCUGAAGUGAAUUUAAAAACGAUUAAACCAUUAGCAAAAAAACAUUGUUCAGCAGCUCCUUAUGCUUAUCAAUGCACAUUUGAGAAUAUUCAAACUCUUAACAAUGUAAAUAUAGAGAAUCUUAAAGAUCAAUGCAGUGGCAAAACUUUUAAUGGAAAAAUUAAAGGAAAACUUUCUGGCAACAAAUUUAUUCUUAAUUCAGAUGAUUUUCUUAAAGUUCUACUUGACAUAAAUGCAAUAAAAUUAAAACCUGUAACAACAUUAAAACGUAUACCAUGCCUUAUUGUUCAUAUUGAAUCUGGUCAACAUCAAUUUUUCAUUCAAGAUGAUAAAGAAACAGCUGACAAAAUCGCUGAGCAGAUUCUCGUUGAAGAACCGAAUAGUUCAGUAUUAUCACUUGAUGAAGUUAAACAACUACCACCAGAAACAAUCGUUAUUGCUCAAUUUGAAGACGAAUUCUAUCGUGCUGUUAUACAAUCGGAUGAAUCAGCUGAUAAUGUUAUUGUUUGCUAUGUAGAUUUUGGUAAUACAAAUUCAUGCCCAAAAACAUCAUUAAAACAAUGUAGUAAACAGUUAAGUUCAUAUCCGAAUCAAAGUAAACGAUGCCAAUUGUAUGGUAUAUUACCAGAUAAAAUCGAUGAUGCAUUUACAUAUCUUCAAGAUGUUUCCGAUUCAGAAAAUCUUGAGAUUUCUAUUGUUAAGGAAAAAGAUCUUUUAUCUAAUGUUCUUCUUUAUGCUGAUAAUAUAUGUGUUAAUGAAAAAUUUGGUUGUGAUCUGAAUGCAAUUGAAACGAGUGAUACCAAUGUUAACAUUGGCGAUCAAGCAACUACUACAACCGUUAACGAGCAAGAACAACCACAAAUACCAUUGACUAUCGAACAACCACCAUCGGUCGUGGAACAACCACCAUCGGUUGUGGAACAACCACCAUCGGUUGUGGAACAACCACCAUCGGUUGUGGAACAACCACCAUCGGUUGUGGAACAACCACCAUCGGCUGUGGAACAACCACCAUCGGCUGUGGAACAACCACCAUCGGUUGUGGAACGACCACCAUCGGUUGUGGAACAACCACCAUCGGUUGUGGAACGACCACCAUCGGUUGUGGAACAGUCAACCAAUGAUGAUGCUUUAUCACAGAAUGAAAUUCUAGAACCUGCAAAAUCUGACAGUAAUGAACCAAAAGAAGAAGAACCGCAAUGUCGUACAGGCCUUUUAACUCAUAUGGAAAUGGAUAAGCCAUAUAUUUAUCUUCAAUUAUUACCUGAAUCGGUUCCAAUACUUGAACGAAUCCAUCAAUUAAUCGAUAAAAUCGUGGUAGAAAAGUUACAUAAUUCGUCGUAUGCUAUUGGGGAUCAUGUUGUUGCAAAAUUUAGUGAAGAUGAUGAGUAUUAUCGUGCUAGAAUUGAAUCGUAUUCAUCAACAUCAAAUUUAUAUACAGUUUAUUUUCUUGAUUAUGGAAAUCUCGAUGAAAAUGUUACAGUCGAUCAUUUAUAUUCAUAUUCAGACGAAUUAGAAAAAAUCAAACCGCUUAUACGAGGAUAUUUAUUGAAUCAAGUUACAAUUGAAACAUGGACCAAUACUAUUCAGCCAAUAAUAGAAGAGAAAUUAAACGAUAGCAUUGAAUUUACUAUUAUAGAUGAAAACAAUUCUAUAAUAGAUAUUGAAUUUGAUGAUGCUAUCUAUGCGGGCCAUGUCCAAGAAUAUGUUGAACACAUUGAAUCAUCAAUAAUUGAACAAGCAAAACGUUUUACAGCCAAUAUAUCAGCAACAGAUAAAGAUUCUUUCUAUAUUCAUAUCUUACCUGAUGAUAAUUUACGUGUAUGUGAAUUAGAAGAAUAUUUAAAAGCAUGCGAUAAACAACGUAAACAUAUUUGGGCAAUUAAUGAUCGAUGCAUUGUUUCAAAUGAUCAAGAACAAUUUUAUCGUGGGCAAAUUCUUGCUAUUGACGAUAAUAAAUAUCAUGUUAAAUGUAUUGACUAUGGAAAUACAUUAGAGAACAUAGACGAUGGUCAUUUGUUUGUGUUAUCUGAUAUUACAAUUUUAGAACAAUUACCAUUAGCACACCAAUGCCGAUUGUAUGGUAUUGAUGAUAGCAAUCAAAUAAAAGUUAUCAAUGAUAUUAUUAAAAAUAUUCCAACAACAGAAUGUGUAACAGUUGAUAUUGAAAACGAUGAAAAUUAUCAAGUGUGGCUCGUAAAACUUACAAGAGAAAAUAAUGAUACUAUUAAUGAUCAUUAUUUAUCGAGUGAUGAUAAUAUUCUGGAUAACGAAAAUACGCAAGGUUCAAAUAACAACGAAAUAAUAGUACCGGAUUCACCUGCUCCAGCAAAUAUCGAUGAACAAAAAACAUCAGAAAUUGAUGUUCCACAAAUGGAAAAUAAUACCCAACCCAAUGAUAUAAUAGAUGCAAGCGAAAAUAAUUCGGUAGUACCAUCAUCAAAUAAUCAAGCAAUUGAUUUAGGUGAAUAUGAUUCAUCAGCAACAAAUACAACAAUAACAGACGAAACAAAUACUUCGAUAUCAUCGGAUUAA